GAAAAUGUCAGUUGAUAAAUAUGUAUUGCUUUUGUGCAAGACUUUCUAAAGUGUACUUAAGUCACACUAAUCACGUUGCUUAUUUACUUUCUUUUAUAAGCACCCAGUAACUCCAACAUUAGAAUCAUCACCACACAAUAUAAGGAAUAUGCAACAUUAGACUAUACCCUCUUCUUGAUCCGAAAAUCAUUUUAUACUUGAAGAACCAUGGUACCUAAAUUAAUCAAGAAGAAUCUAGCAUGUGGGCAGAUUCUCUUCAUAAUCCUUUGGGUCCUUUUAACAAUCUUUUUUCCUCAAAUUGCUGGUUUUUCCAAAAUCACUUCUUUGACCACAACUUCUCAUUAUCAAGCUAACCUUGAAGACCUUGAAGCAAAAGCUCUGCUGAAGUGGAAAGAUAGCUUCGAAAACCACAGCCAAGCUCUUUUGUCAACAUGGACAAGAACCACAAAUCCAUGCAAAUGGGAAGGAAUUCGGUGUGACAAAUCCAAAUCCAUCUCUAGCAUAAAUCUUGAAAAUUAUGGACUUAAAGGUACACUUCACACUCUAAACUUCACCUCAUUCCCCAACCUUCUCAGCCUAAAUAUCUACAACAACUACUUUUAUGGGACCAUUCCUCCACAAAUUGGUAACAUGUCCAAAAUAAAUGUUUUGAACUUUUCAUUAAACCCACUUGAAGGUUCCAUCCCCAAAGAAAUGUGGAAAUUGACAAGUUUAAAAGGCCUUGAUCUUUCUGUAUGUCAGCUAAGUGGAGAAAUUCCUAAUUUCAUAACAAACUUGUCCAACCUCUCGUAUCUAGAUUUUAGUAACAACAAAAAGUUUUCCAGUGGUUACAUUCCUCAUGAGAUUGGGAAAUUGAACCACUUGAAAUAUCUAGGUAUUGCAGGUUGUAGCCGUGUUGGUCCCAUUCCCCAAGAAAUUGGAAUGUUGACAAACCUUGGUGUUAUGGAUUUGUCAAGGAACACUCUAUCUGGUACCAUCCCAAAAACAUUUGGUAACAUGACCAGUUUAAAUGAACUUUACCUUUCCAAUAACACAUUGUCUGGAACAAUUCCACCAUCAUUUUGGAACAUGUCUUACUUGUCCAUACUCUACCUUGAUACCAAUAAUCUUUCUGGAUCGAUCCCUCCUUCUAUACAAAACUUGGUCAAUUUGAAUGAUCUUGCAUUUCAUUACAACCACUUUUCUGGACCUAUUCCUUUCACCAUCGGAAACUUGACAAAGCUAACAUCUUUAAACUUGAUGUCUAAUCAUUUUUUUGGAUCAAUUCCUACUUCUAUUGGAAAUUUAAUCAAUAUGGAAGUCCUAUGUUUCCGAGAAAACAAUCUUUCUGGAACUAUUCCUGCUAUAAUUGGAAAUUUGACAAAGCUAACUGGUUUGGAAUUAGCCACCAAUAAAUUUCAUGGUAGCAUUCCACAACGCCUACAUAACUUUACCAACUGGGGAUCCUUUAUAUUAGACGAGAAUGAUUUCAUUGGUCAGUUGCCACCUCAAAUAUGUUCUGGUGGAUUUCUACUAUUCUUCACUGUUUUUAACAACCAUUUCACCGGUCAAGUACCAAGAAGCUUGAAAAACUGCUCUAGUAUUCAAAGACUUAUGCUUCAGGGUAAUCAAAUAGAAGGAGAUAUAGCACAAGAUUUUGGUGUAUAUCCGAAUUUGGAGUACAUUGAUCUAAGUGACAAUAAAUUUUAUGGUCAAAUUUCACCAAACUGGGGACAGUGCCCUAAUCUUAAUACCUUAAUGAUAUCCAACAAUAAUAUCACUGGUGGUAUACCAUUAACACUUUUGGAGGCAAACAAGCUAGGCAAGCUCCACCUUUCUUCAAACCAUUUAACAGGAAAACUUCCAAAGGAACUUGGAUACCUGAAAUCAUUACUUGAAGUUAAGAUCAACAACAAUCAUCUUUCAGGAAAUAUUCCAAGUGAAAUUGGAUUGCUACAGAAUCUUGUAGAUUUCGAUGUAGGAAGAAACAUGUUGAAUGGGACAAUACCAAAAGAAGUUGUGAAGUUACCCUUGUUACGAAAUUUGAACUUGAGCAAAAACAAAAUUGAAGGGAGAAUUCCAUCAGACUUUUCAAUGUCACAACCUCUUGAAUCUCUUGAUCUUAGCGGGAAUUUGUUGAAUGGAACAAUACCAACAGUGUUAGGAGAGUUGAAGCAAUUGCAACAACUGAAUCUGUCAUCCAAUAAUCUUUCUGGCACCAUUCCAUCCAGUUUUGAGGAUGCCAUGUCAAGCUUGACCUAUAUCAACAUCUCAAACAACCAUUUAGAAGGCAGGCUACCAAAUAAUCAAGCUUUUCUCAAGGCUCCAAUUGAAUCAUUAACAAAUAACAAAGGCUUGUGUGGUAAUCGCACUGGCUUACUGCUUUGCACAACCAACCACAGCAAAAAGAGCCACAAGACUCUCUUACUAGUAUUGUUUGUUAUCUUAGGUGCUCUACUACUAGUAUUUUGUGGGGUGGGAAUUUCAAUGUAUAUUCUUUAUCGGAGAGCAACAAAGGAAAAAACCAAAGAUAAAGAUUCCAACGAAGCACAAGCAGAAGAAGUAUUUUCCAUAUGGAGCCAUGAUGGAAAAAUGUUAUUUGAAAACAUCAUUGAAGCUACCAAUAACUUUGAUGAUGAUUAUCUCAUUGGAGUUGGCGGGGAAGGAUCUGUUUAUAAGGCUAAGUUGUCUACAGAUAUGGUUGUUGCAGUCAAGAAACUUCAUUCGGGAAUAGAUGGGGAGAGGCCCAAUUUCAAAGCAUUUGAAAAUGAAAUUCAAGCUUUGACAGAAAUCAGGCAUCGUAAUAUCAUAAAGCUCUAUGGAUAUUGCCAACAUUCAAGAUUUUCAUUUUUGGUUUAUAAGUUCUUGGAAGGGGGAACUUUGGCAAAAAUGCUAAACAAUGACUCGCAAGCUAUUGCAUUUGAUUGGGAAAAGAGGGUAAAUGUUGUUAGAGGUGUGGCUAAUGCUUUGUCCUAUAUGCAUCAUGAUUGCACACCUUCAAUAGUUCAUCGUGACAUAUCAAGCAAGAAUGUUCUUUUGGAUUUAUCUUAUGAAGCUCAACUUUCGGAUUUUGGAACAGCUAAGUUUCUAAAGCCUAAUUCAAGCAGUUGGACCACAUUUGCAGGCACCUUUGGGUAUGCAGCUCCAGAGUUUGCCCAGACCAUGGAAGUGACUGAGAAGUGUGACGUUUACAGCUUUGGAGUACUUUGUUUUGAAAUCCUUCUGGGAAACCAUCCAGCAGAUUUUGUUUCUUCAUUGUUCUCAUCAUCUACAGCAACAACGACUUAUAAUUUGUUGUUGAUUGAUGUAUUAGACCAACGCCCUCCUCAACCUACCAAUUCAUUUUUUGGCGAUAUCAUCUUGAUUACAAAAUUGGCAUUUUCUUGCUUAAGUGGAAAUCCAUCUUCUCGCCCCACCAUGGAUUAUGUCUCAAAAGAACUUUUAAUGAGAAAAUCACAAUCGCCUUUAGUGGAACAGUUCCCUCAGAUCAGACUUGGACAACUCCACUAAAAACACCAAAUACUUGAGUAUUUUCAUUUUUUUAUCCAUGUCAUGUCAUCUAUCCUUUAUCUUAUCAAGUUUUCCAGGUAAUGUAUAUAUAUCAUAUGUAUGUCGUGUGUGUACUAGUUUACUUUUGAUAUCUUUAGUGGUGUAUGAUUGUGUUCAUUUAUUCUUGCUAAGAGUUGUUCCUUUCAAUGAA